AUGCAAACCUUAAAAUGUGUAGUUGUUGGCGAUGGUGCCGUUGGUAAAACAUGUCUAUUGAUUUCGUACACAACAAAUCAGUUCCCGGCUGAUUACGUUCCAACUGUGUUCGAUAAUUAUGCUGUUACAGUUAUGAUUGGUGACGAACCAUAUACUUUAGGUUUAUUUGAUACCGCUGGACAAGAAGAUUAUGAUAGAUUGAGACCAUUAUCUUAUCCUUCCACUGAUGUUUUUUUAGUUUGUUUCAGUGUUAUAUCUCCACCAUCCUUUGAAAAUGUUAAAGAAAAAUGGUUCCCAGAGGUACACCACCAUUGCCCUGGUGUUCCAUGUUUGAUUGUUGGUACCCAAGUGGAUUUAAGAGAUGACAAAGUCAUUAUUGAAAGAUUACAGAGACAAAGACUUCGCCCCAUUACUAGAGAACAAGGUGAGAGAUUAGCCAGAGAAUUAAAAGCUGUUAAAUAUGUGGAGUGUUCCGCUUUAACUCAACGUGGAUUAAAAAAUGUUUUUGACGAAGCCAUUGUAGCAGCUUUAGAGCCACCCACCAUCAAAAAGAGUAAGAAGUGUACCAUUUUGUAA